CCCCGUCCUUAACUGCCCUCCCCCGCCACGCUGCUGUAGAGGUUGGAACUCUGCGUUGCAGAAACCCAAUUUACUAUGACGGACGCAAAGAGGCAAGGCUACGCGUGGGCAAUCUCAGCCGGGCUUAAUGCAGCUCUUGCUGCCAUUGCUGCAAAGUUUUUCUUAUCUACGUUCAUCAAAUUCGGUCUAGUUAUAUCAUUUAAUGUGGUUAUGUGGGGAUGUUACAUUAACAGCCUUAGAGCUCUCUCAUCUCUGCAAGCUACAGUGACGAACUUUGCUGCUAACUUCCUCUCUUCAGGUUUAGCCGGCUUCUUCUUGUUCGAGGAAACAUUAUCAUUUAAGUGGUUUGCAGGUGCUUUGCUUAUUGUAGUGGGUGUUCUUGUACUCAGUAAAUCAAGCGUAGAGGAGAAAGCUAGUAUCAAUUAGAAGGUGAGAAGCAUGUCUGCUGCUGCUCUUCAGGUAGUUUUCCAUGUCAUUUCUGGUGAUGCCUUGUGACGAAAGAAAGCCCAAAUUAUUUGUCAAUUCUAUUGCAGGAAAAAUCAUCAGCAAUGCACGUGGGAUUUCUUUCUCUUUAAGUCUGAGCUAAACUAUAAUCUUGUCCUAUAUCUGGAACUGAAAUAUAAUUGCCCUUAGUUUAGCUCCAAACCAGCACCAUUUGUUUUGUGCUAGUUUCGCCCUUGGAGAGCAUUAAGAAUAUGGUACAUUACUUUAUUUCUCGAGUGACUGAAUACCUUAUUAAGGAUAUGUUAGUAACUUCUUUAACCUUGA